UGGCGUCCUCACAUAGCCAUAGGCCUGUGUUGGAUGACGCGAAGGCAGAGAAUGAGGAGCUGCUAGCCUAUCAACCAUGCAUGGAAGCAGCUAGCAAUGGCGCGCCUGGAUCACAGUUAAUUACAACCAGCAAUCCAAAAUUUUAAUCUUAGCGGCUAGCAGCGAUCUCUAGCUAGUUAAUAUUACAAUUAGCAGCGCAAGCGAUCGGGCUGGCUGGCUGGUAGCUAGCUAGUAGCGAGAUCGAUCGAUCGAUCGAUAGAUCGAUCAUGCCGGGCCGCUCGGUGGUCUCCAUCCUCCUCCUUGUCCUCCAUGGCCUCCUCUGCCUGCAGCUGCUGGUUGCCUUGCCCGAGAUGGAGAUGGAGGACGGCCGCGUCAUGGAGGAGGGCAGCUGCAUGCAUUUCAGUGUCUCCCCGCCGCCUGCUCCGCCCGAGGACGCGGAGGAGCGGCGCGAAUAUUUCCGCGCCAUGGCGGCCAAGGAUCUGUUCCGGCACGAGCAGCUCAUCGCGAUGAUGGGCAGCGGCGACGACCGGCGGCGGAACGGCAGCAGCAGCAGCAGCCGGAGGCGGCAGGCGAAGGAGGAGUCGUCGUCGUCGUCGUCGUCCAAGGUGCCAAAGCUGAUGUCCACCACGUCCACGUUCGAGCUGCCGAUGCGGAGCGCGCUCAACACAGCGCACGUGGGCAUGUACCUGGUGUCGGUGCGCUUCGGCACGCCGGCGCUGCCGUACAACCUGGUGCUGGACACCGCCAACGACCUGACGUGGAUCAACUGCCGGCUGCGGCGACGCAAGGGCAAGCACUACGGGCGGCAGUCGUCCAAGACGAUGUCGGUGGGCGGGGAUGACGACGUGGUGGCGGCGCUGGCGAAGAAGGAGGCGAGAAAGAACUGGUACCGGCCGGCCAAGUCGUCGUCGUGGCGCCGGAUCCGGUGCUCGGAGCAGCAGUGCGCGCACCUGCCGUACAACACGUGCCAGAGCCCCAGCAAGCUGGAGUCGUGCAGCUACUACCAAAAGACGCAGGACGGGACGGUGACGAUCGGCAUCUACGGCAACGAGAAGGCGACGGUGACGGUGUCCGACGGGCGGAUGGCCAAGCUUCCGGGCCUCGUGCUGGGCUGCUCCGUCCUGGAGGCUGGCGCCAGCGUGGACGCCCACGACGGCGUGCUCUCGCUGGGCAACGGCCAUAUGUCGUUCGCCAUCCACGCCGUGCUGCGCUUCGGGGGACGCUUCUCCUUCUGCCUCCUCAGCGCCAACAGCUCCCGCGACGCCUCCAGCUACCUCACCUUCGGUCCCAACCCGGCGGUGAUGGGGCCGGGCACCAUGGAGACGGAGAUCCUUUACAACGUCGACGUGAAGGCGGCGUACGGGCCCCGGGUGACGGCCGUCUUGGUGGGCGGCGAGCGCCUGGACAUCCCCGACGACGUCUGGAACAUCGACAAGGGGCUCGGCUCCGGCGUCAUCCUGGACACCAGCACGUCGGUGACGUCGCUGGUGCCGGAGGCGUACGAGCCGCUAGUGGCCGCACUCGACAGGCACCUGGCACACCUGCCCCGGGAGAGUUUUGCAGGCUUCGAGUACUGCUACAGGUGGACCUUCACCGGCGACGGCGUCGACCCGGCGCACAACGUCACCAUACCCAAGGUGACGGUGGAGAUGACCGGCGGCGCCAGGCUGGAGCCGGAAGCCAAGAGCGUGGUCAUGCCGGAGGUGGGGCACGGGGUGGCGUGCCUCGCCUUCAGGAAGCUGCCCUGGGGAGGAGGACCCUGCAUCAUCGGCAACGUGCUCAUGCAGGAGUACAUCUGGGAGAUCGACCACUCAAAGGCCACGUUCAGGUUCAGGAAGGACAAGUGCAACACACGUCAUCUACACACCAGCACCGGAGGAGAAGUCACCAACAAUGGCAGCAGCGGUGGAAAUAAUCAGCAGGCCAAUGGCGGCACCAGCAGCGAUGCCCCCUCCUCCUCCUCCACCGUCGUGCAUAGCGUCAAUUGAUACGUACUCAUCGAUUUGAUCCAUCCCUUCCCUGCAGCACUACACUACACUACACCGACUCAUUUUAUUUGCUCCAAUCGUUCGUUCGUUCCUUCAUUCAUUCCCUACUCUCUUCUCUCUAGCUAUCUCUACGCAAGGAUCAACUUUUAUAUAUACUGUAUUUCUUUUGUAUACAAACCAAACCAUGCAUGUUUUGUACUAUACAUACAUACAUACAUACUAACAAAAGCGGCUAGCUCAGCUGGCUGGCCUGUGUACUGUAUUCAUUUCAUUUGCUGAUCGACCCAUGUAACCAUGUCCCGCCAGGCCACAUAUAUGCUUGUAAUUAAAUAGAAGGAUUCCCCGCGUGUUGUCGUAGGUACCAAUGUUGCCUUAUAAGAGUUAUAUAUUACUACUAGUAAGUUACUAUAUAUUUACUACAGUAUAUAAGAAUCUUGUUAUGUAUUC